AUGUUCGUGUCCCGAGUCCUGGACUUCCAGAAGACGCGUUACGCCAGGUUCAUGAAUCACCGUGUCCCCUCCAACUGCAGGUACCAGCCGACGGAGUACGAGCACGCAGCCAACUGUGCUACCCAUGCGUUCUGGAUCCUGCCCAGCAUCCUCGGCAGCUCCAUCCUCUACAUCCUCUCCGACGACCAGUGGGAGACCAUCUCGGCCUGGAUCUAUGGCUUUGGCUUGUCCAGCCUCUUCAUCGUCUCCACCAUCUUUCACACCAUCUCCUGGAAGAAGAGGCACCUCAGGACCGUGGAGCACUGCUUGCACAUGUUCGACAGGAUGGUGAUCUACUUCUUCAUCGCCGCCUCGUACGCUCCCUGGCUGAACCUGCGGGAGCUGGGGCCCUGGGCCUCCCACAUGCGCUGGAUCAUCUGGAUCAUGGCAUCGGUCGGCACCGUCUACGUCUUCUUCUUCCAUGAGCGGUCAGUACCUGCACUGCAGCGUCUGGGUACGAUAAGCAUAAAAUUCAGCCCUGCCUCCUCCGUCGGUCGCAGGUACAAGCUGGUGGAGCUGGUGUGCUACGUUAUCAUGGGCUUCUUCCCCGCCGUGGUCAUCCUCUCCAUGCCCAACAGGGAUGGCCUCCCGGAGCUGGUGGCCGGCGGGCUUUCCUACUGCCUGGGCAUGGUUUUCUUCAAAAGCGACGGCCGCAUCCCCUUUGCCCACGCCAUCUGGCACCUCUUCGUGGCCAUUGGAGCCGGCAUCCAUUACUACGCCAUCUGGAGGUACCUCUACCGGCCCAGCGCGCUGGAGGCCAAAAGGCCCCGAUAG